AUGCCCGGAGGAAAGAGAGGGCUCGUGGCACCGCAGAACACUUUCUUGGAGAACAUUGUGAGGCGCUCCAGCGAGACCAGCUUCCUGCUGGGGAAUGCCCAGAUCGUGGAGUGGCCUGUCGUCUACAGCAAUGACGGCUUCUGCAAGCUGUCAGGCUUCCACCGUGCAGAGGUCAUGCAGAAGAGCAGCACAUGCAGUUUCAUGUAUGGGGAGCUCACAGACAAGAAGACUAUUGAGAAGGUGCGAGAGACCUUCGACAACUAUGAGUCCAACUGCUUUGAAGUCCUUUUGUACAGGAAGAACCGGACCCCAGUGUGGUUCUAUAUGCAGGUGGCUCCCAUCAGGAAUGAGAAUGACAAGGUGGUUCUGUUCCUCUGCACUUUCAAGGACAUCACCAUCUUCAAGCAGCCCAUAGAGGACGACGCCACACGCGGCUGGGCUAAGUUUGCCCGUCUGACCAGAGCUCUGACCAACAGCAGAAGCCCCCUGCAGCAGCUCACGCCCCUCAACAAGACCGACACCAGCUUACACAAGCCCUCACGCCUGGCCGAGGUACUGCAACUGAAUUCAGACAUCCUGCCGCCAAUACAAGCAGGAGGCCCCGAAAACGCCCGCCGCGCCAUCCUGCACUACUUUCAGAAUACAUGGGACUGGGUCAUCCUCAUCCUCCACACCUUCUACCACGGCCAAACACUGCCCUACAACGUCUCCUUCAGGACCAAGCAGAACAACAACGUCAGCUGGCUGGUCCUGGACAGUGUGGUGGACGUCAUCUUCCUGGUGGACAUCGUGCUCAACUUCCACAAUUACCGCUGUGGGUCCGGGGGGCGAGGAAACAUUCUCGGGACUCCCAAGCUCAUCCGCCGCAUCGGUAACUACUUCCAGUUGAAGACCUGGUUUGUCAUCGGACUGUUUUCCUGCCUGCCUCCUACUUAUUAUCAUCAACGCUUCUCGAACGUGGACGAGGGCAUCAGCAGUCUGUUCAGCAGUCUGAAGGUGGUGCGUCUGCUGCGGCUGGGCCGCGUGGCCAGGAAGCUUGACCACUACCUGGAGUACGGCGCGGCCGUGCUGCUGCUGCUGGUGUGUGUGUUCGGCCUCGUGGCGCACUGGCUCGCCUGCAUCUGGUACAGCAUCGGCGACUAUGAGGUCAUCGACGAGCUGACCAACAGCAUCCGCACGGACAGCUGGCUGUACCAGCUGGCGUCCAGCGUGGGCUCGCCGUACCGCUUCAACGCCAGCGGCUCGGGUGGCUGGGAGGGUGGCGCGGGCAAGGAGUCGCUCUACAUCACGUCCCUCUACUUCACCAUGACCAGCCUGACCACCAUCGGCUUCGGCAACAUCGCACCCACCACCGACGGAGAGAAGAUCUUCUCCGUCGCCAUGAUGAUGGUGGGAUCUCUGCUGUACGCCACCAUCUUUGGUAACGUGACCACCAUCUUCCAGCAGAUGUACGCCAACACCAACCGCUACCACGAGAUGCUGAACAACGUGCGCGACUUCCUGAAGCUCUACCAGGUGCCCAAGGGCCUCAGCGAGCGCGUCAUGGACUACGUGGUGUCCACCUGGGCCAUGUCCAAGGGCAUCGACACAGACAAGGUUUUGUCCAUCUGUCCUAAGGACAUGCGGGCGGACAUCUGCGUCCACCUGAACCGUAAGGUGUUCAACGAGCACCCAGCGUUCCGGCUGGCGAGCGACGGCUGCCUACGCUCGCUGGCCGUGAAGUUCCAGACCAUCCACUCGGCCCCCGGAGACCUCAUCUACCACGCCGGCGAAAGCGUCGACCUGCUCUGCUUCGUCGUGUCGGGGUCGCUCGAGGUCAUCCAGGACGACGAGGUCAUUGCCAUACUGGGUAAAGGGGAUGUGUUUGGGGAUGUGUUUUGGAAGGAGGCCACUCUGGCACACGCGUGUGCAAACGUGCGAGCGCUGACCUACUGUGACCUUCACAUCAUCAAGCGUGAGGCGCUGCUCAAGGUGCUGGACUUCUACACGGCCUUCGCCAACUCCUUCUCCCGCAACCUCAUCCUCACUUGCAACCUCCGCAAACGGUUUGUGUUCCGUAAGAUCGUGGACGUGCGUCGUGAGGAGGAGGAGCAUCAGCGCUGUAAGAACGAGUCUCCGCCCAUCCCGGUGGACCACCCCGUACGCAAGCUCUUCCAGCGCUUCAAACAGCACCGCCAGCAGCCCGACCCGGAGAAGAACCAGAACCAGAACCUCACACACACGCUCACACACACGCUCACACACACACACCAGCCGCAGCACAAGGGCUCGUCCAGCUGCAGCAGCGUGGUGACCAUCAGCCAGAUCACGCCCAUACAGAACGCACUGGCCUACCCGCUACACACACACACACACACGCACACACACCCCGCCAAGCCCAACAACAGGGAGGUCCUGGAGUCCAUCCCGCGGCCGUCCCAGGGCCUGGCGCCGACGCAGAGCCGGACCUCCCCCUGCCUGAAGGUGAGCAACGCUGUGCGGGUCAAGCCGUCGGGGGCGGCGGCCUCCUCGAUGAGUCCUCACGGCUGGCUCCGCCUCCGCAACAACAACAACACAUCCGCUUCGGCGCCCGUCCCCAUUCUGCUGGGGUCAGGGGCCCUUAACAACGCCCCCCGGACCGUCUCCAUGGAGCGCCUCUCACCCAUCGGGGUCAGGGGUCACGGGAGCGGAGGCAGCGGUCGAACGUCCCGGAAGAACUCGCUGCGGAAGACAGACUCGUGGGACAGCGGCCUGACGCACAGUGACCAGCGCCUGGACCGCUUCAGUGAGGCGCACAGCCCCGGGGUGGGGGGGGCCGUGGGGGGGCAGCGUGUGUGUGUGCAGGGAGAGGUGUGUGUGCAGGAGGCUCGGCUGGAGUUGCGAGGGGAGCUGCAGGCUCUGAGCGGACGUCUGGCGUCCCUCGAACACAAAGUGGGCCAGAUACUCCACCUGCUGACCGACCAGACGCCCACACCUGCACACACACCUACACACACACACACACACGCACACACACUCACACCCAGGACCCAACAGCCCAGACUCAGAGCACAGGACAUCUUCUCUGUGUCCACCCCCGUCUCUCCAGACUCCGACAAGGACGACCGGUCACUGUGAGAACAAGAGCACGCACACACACACACACACAGAGACAUUGGAGAUUCUACUCACAGACAUAAACUGGACCUUUUCACACACACACACACACACACACACACACACACACACACACACACAAACAAACAAAGCUCAAA